AUGAAUUCAUCAGAGGAUGAUAAACUUGCCUUCUAUCUAUCAUUUACAGAGAUUAUACUCAAUACCCGCCAUGAUGACAAAGCUAUCAUUUUGGGUGAUUUUAAUGCUUGCGUUGGUGCAGAUUGGGAGACUUGGGGUGUCUUAGGAAAGCAUGGGGUUGGGAGUUCCAACAGUAAUGGUUCGCUACUGUUACAAAUGUGCGUAGAGAUGGAUUUAUGUGUCAUGAAUACAAUGUUUCAACUAAAGAAUAAGUAUAAAACGACAUGGAUGCACCCUGGUUCUAAGAAAUGGCAUCUUAUAGAUUACAUCUUCACCAGGAAACGAGAUACUAGGGACUUUGCUAUUGUACGAGUGAUGCGUGGUGUAGAGUGCUGGACUGAUCACAGGCUUUUGCGUGCCAAGGUGAAUUUUGUCGUCAAGCCUAAGGUUAAAGUAAAUAAUGACAAAUUACCUAAACGAAUUGAUGUCAAUAAACGUAAGAUUCCGUCAGUACGGAAAAUUGAUAAUGAUGAAGUUAAUCUUAUCUUAGAGGAGAAGCGAAAAGCAUUUAACAUGUUGCAAAAUGUUGACGUAUCAGCGAACAGGACAGUGGCUACAUAUUUCAAGGCUGUAAAAGCAACAGUUGCAGAGGAAGCUAUGGAUGAUGCAGGAAAAUUGGUGGAGUGA